AUGAAGGCACUUUCGCGCAGCUACGUCUAUUGGCCGUCGCUCGACAGUGAAGUCGCCGAUUACGUCAAGGCAUGCUCCCCAUGCGCCCCAACAGCGAAGUCACCCGCAGCAGCCCCACCUGUGCCGUGGCCCAAGCCCGUCCGUCCCUGGCAACGAGUGCAUAUAGACUACGCCGGCCCCGUCGACGGUGACUACUUCCUGCUCGCCGUGGAUUCCCAUUCGAAAUGGCCGGAGAUCAUCCGGACACGUCGUAUCACGGCGUCUGCAACGAUCAGCAUCCUCCAAAGCAUUUUCGCACGCCUGGGGAUGCCGGAAACGCUCGUGUCAGACAAUGGCACCCAGUUCACGAGUUCGGAGUUCGCCACGUUCUGCUUAACAAACGGAAUCGACCAUGUAACCACUGCACCGUUCCACCCGCAAUCUAACGGGCAGGCCGAACGGUUCGUUGAUACCUUCAAGCGGGCGAUAAAGAAACUCGAAGAAGGAAGAGGUUCAACCGAUGAAGCUAUGCAAACGUUCUUGUUGGCCUACCGAAGUACACCGAACCGAUCAGCACCCGAUGGUCUAUCGCCGUCGGAAAUCAUGUUCGGACGUCGUAUCCGUACAUGCCUCGAACUGCUACGUCCGCCAGCCGAACGUCCUCCACCGGUACCACCACCGGUCGACCCGAAGAAGCCCAGCAUGAGGUCGUUCAACGUCAAUGACCUCGUCUAUGUCAAGAUCUACGCCAAAAACGCCUGGAGCUGGAUUCCCGGCAAGAUUGUCGAGCAAGUAGGACAAGUCAUGUUCAACGUACUGACCGAGAAACGUCGCUUGGUUCGAUCCCAUCUGAACCAACUAAGGAGUCGAGUAUCAUCUGGUUUCGAUCAAGAUCCUGGCAUCAACAAACCGUCAGGACAGAAACAACUUCCGCUGAACGUCCUUCUUGAUGCGUGGAACGCGUCACCCCGUUCAAGCAGCGAAGCGACCGCCUCGACUUCGCAUUCAAGUGACACCAUUCGGAUUCCGUCGUUAUCACCACCUUGUCCGGCCGUGGAAUCGGACAUGUCGUCGUCGUCCUCAAGCACUACAUCUUCCAGCUUCGAGUCGGCUGCCGCUAGCACUCCGACCGUACAGGCCAGAAUACUUCGUCGAUCUUCCAGACCGAGAAGACCGCCAGCGAGGUUCAACCAGUACCAACGGUUCUGA